AUGUCACAUUCAUCCGGGCCAGCUCAUCGCAGCGUAUCGAAUAUUCGUCCAUCCAUAAAUCCACAGGGUGGGAGUGGUGCGCCCUCAACACCGCAUACGCCUAUUCGACAACUCUCAAACUCAUUUGGUUCGCCCUCUACGCUGCGUGCAGAAGAAGAAUGUAUAGUUAUUGAAAUCGGAUGUCGAUACGUAAAGGUCGGUUUCGCAGGCGAUGCAGGACCUAAAGCAGUUGUAAAUUUUGGACCAGAAGAACAGAGAAGAGCGGGGGAUUAUAGGAGAUGGCAGCCGGGAUAUGAUAAAGCUUGGAGGGAGAGGAUACAUGGGAAGAAAUGGGGAGAGGCACAUGAGCUAUGGAAGUUGGAUUUGAGGGAUGUGGAUUUGGGGCUAGUGGGUGAUAAGAUUGAGAGGGCUGUGAGGGAUGCUUAUACAAAAUUCCUACUGAUUGAUUCGAGGCCGAGAAAAGUGGCUUUGGCACUCCCGUCUAUAUUACCAUCACCUCUUCUCUCGACAAUUUUAGAUACGAUGUUUACGAAUUUCCAAUCUCCGAAUAUAUCUUUACAUUCUACACCAGCACUCACGACGGUAGCUGCAGGUCUACGAGCCGCUAUGAUUGUCGAUAUUGGUUGGAAUGAAACCAUAGUAACUGGAAUAUACGAGUUCCGAGAAGUAUCGAGCCACAGAUCUAUCAGGGCGACGAAGUUAUUAGGACAAGCGAUGCGCACACUGUUGGCCGAAUCUUUCGACCCAAAGAUACUGAUGCAGGAGUCACUAGACGGCCAAGAAAAUGUGGCCUUGGAGGAAUUUAUAAGUUUCGAGGAGUGCGAAGAAAUAGUCAAUCGAAUGGCAUGGUGCAAGCCAUCUCGAAAUUUCGUCCCCAAACUCGCACCCGAAAGCGGUCUUGCGCCAUUAGAAGAAGAAGAAACCGAAUUACAAGCCGGUAUGCGAUCGCUAAACAUCACCAAAGUCCCAGACUCCAAUGAUAUAGUCACAAUCCCACUAAAAUCCACUCUCCCGCCACGCAAACUCCGCAUUCCCUUCUCCCAACUCGCACAACCCUGCGAAGAAGCACUCCUCGCAACCCAUCUCCCUGCCCCUGAACUGGACGAUGAAGAACUUCCCAUCCAUCUUCUCCUCUACCAAGCUCUCCUCCGUCUUCCUGUCGACCUCCGCUCUGUUUGCAUGUCCCGAAUCGUAUUUGUGGGCGGGGGCUCCAGUAUCAUUGGCUUGAAAGCCCGAAUUCUAGAAGAACUUAAUACGCUUGUCGAAGAACGAGGUUGGGAUCCCGUCCAAGGAAAAGCAGUUUCGCAAUACAAAAGCAAUCCUAAACUCACUCGUUUUCGCCAAACACAAACACCCACUUCCCCCAUCGAAAUUCCCUCAUCUCCUCCUCUCUCCUCCCCCUCUUCCUCCUCCUCCCCCGUUUCCCCAACCACACCCCGUCCCCCACGUAUCAUCCCCGCCGCCCACCAAUCCCCCGAACCCGACUCCAUCGCCGCGACCAUCCAUGCCCGAUCCGAUAAAUUCACCAUCCCCGAAGAAAAAGGCAUCAUACGAGCCAUCGAAAGUCUGGGCGCCUGGUCCGGCGCAUCUCUACUAUCGCAACUCAAGAUUCCCGCAGUAAGCUCCAUCGAUAGAGAAGCAUGGAUGUCGCAUGGUCUUUCCGGCGCAAAUCGAAAUGCGGAGGUGAGUGUAGCUGCGGGUGCAGGAAGCAGAGGGAGUAUGGGACCCGGAGCUUUCAAGGGCGGUAUUGGGGAGAAGGGGAGCUGGACCUUGGGAUUGUGGGGGUCGUAG